UCCCUCCUUGCUCCCCCCUCUCUCUCUCGCUCUCUCUCUCUCUCUCUCUGAUUAGAUAUUCUGAUUCCUCCUUUCAAUGGACGUCAUUUAAGCGCAGACUUUGUGCCCCUGACUUGCGUCCUCCGCUCCACGCACCACUUCCGACUAUUCUUUCUGGCGCCCCCACCCUUCCUUUAUGUAUAUCUAUUUUUUUUAUUGUUGAAGUGUUCCGACACUGCUGGUGCGCCAUGCCCGGGCUCUGUUAGGAGUCCAGCAGAGAGGAAAAACGAAGAAGCGGCUAAUAUGAGAUCGAGCGAGGGGACAGCAGCAUCGUGAUAGCAGGGAAGGAAAGAGAACAGAAGAGAAACUUUUUGCUUUUUGAUCGGGGUCCAAUCUUAAAUCCACCAACGUCCUUGAAUGCUUUUAUUUUUAUUAGAUCCAAAUGAAGCGCAACGGGGAUGUAAUUUAUUAUUUCUAAUGGAUUAUCGCUCUCUUGCUGGGGCACGUAUCUGAUCUGCGGGGCCAUCGCGAUCUUUUGCAAGGGAGUCUUUUUUUUCUGGGGGGGAUUUUUUUUUUUUUGGAGGGGGUAAAUCGCCUUUCUCUCAGCUCCAAGAAUCGUUUUUGAAGUUAUAUAUUUUUCAAAAACAUCCUAAGAUGUUAGUGCACAGUUUUUCCGCUAUGGACCGCCACGACGGCACCAGCAACGGGACGGCAAGGCUACCUCAGCUGGGCGGCGUGGGCCAGAGUCCCUACACGAGCGCGCCGCCGCUCUCUCACACGCCCAAUUCAGACUUCCAGCCCCCGUAUUUCCCCCCACCCUACCAGCCCAUCUACCCGCAGUCUCAGGACCCUUACUCGCACGUCAACGACCCCUAUUCCCUCAACUCCUUGCACGCCCAGCCGCAACCGCAGCACCCGGGCUGGCCCGGCCAGAGGCAAGGGCAGGAGAGCGGCCUGCUGCACCAGCACCGCAGCCUGCCCCACCAGCUGUGUCGGGACUACCGCAGGGAGGUGCUCCUACCGUCCGGCCACGGCAUUGACACGGGACUGUCGGACUCUAUCCAAAUCCAUGGAAUACCUCACUCUUUAGAAGAUGUCCAGCCUGUUGAGGAUCAAGGAAUUCACAUUCCCGACCAGACUGUAAUUAAAAAAGGUCCGGUGUCUUUAUCCAAGAACAACAUCUCCGGCAUCCCCAUCAACAAGGAUGGACUCUUCGGCGGGGUGGUCAACCCGAACGAGGUGUUCUGUUCGGUUCCGGGUCGCUUGUCUCUGCUCAGUUCCACGUCCAAAUACAAGGUGACGGUGGCCGAGGUACAGAGACGCCUCUCGCCGCCCGAAUGCCUCAACGCUUCACUGCUAGGCGGCGUGCUUAGGAGGGCCAAGUCUAAGAAUGGAGGGAGAUCCUUGAGGGAGAAACUGGAUAAAAUCGGCUUAAAUCUACCUGCGGGCAGACGCAAGGCAGCCAACGUCACCUUGCUGACGUCACUAGUAGAAGGCGAAGCGGUACAUCUUGCCAGGGAUUUUGGUUACGUAUGUGAGACCGAGUUCCCCGCCAAGGCAGUAGCUGAAUAUGUAAACCGUCAACACUCCGACCCAAACGAACAAGUCCAAAGAAAAAACAUGCUACUGGCUACGAAGCAAGUGUGCAAGGAGUUCACGGACCUGUUGUCCCAGGACCGUUCGCCGUUGGGGAACUCGAGGCCGCAGCCCAUCCUGGAACCGGGUAUCCAGAGCUGCUUGACCCACUUCAGCCUCAUCUCGCACGGUUUCGGCACGCCGGCCUUGUGCGCGGCCGUCACGGCCCUGCAGAACUAUCUGACCGAAGCCAUCAAAGCCAUGGACAAAAUGUACCUCAACAACAACCCCAACAGUCACUCAGAUAACGGCACUAAAGGCGACAAAGACGAGAAGCACAGAAAGUGAUACCCCCCCAACCCCCCCUCUCCAUUAAGGGGCCAAAUCCCCGGGGGCCCUUUUUUUGCCCCCUCCCACCCCACCUCUUCUUGUCUGGGCUCUCCCACCCAUCCAAUAUAAAUAUUAUAAAUAAAACCGUGCCACUUGCUGAUCUUGCCACGUUUUCUUUUGUCUAAUGAUGGCCAAUUUUUUGGAUUCGCUGGGAAAACGACACAAGAAUCUUCCAGCAGCUGUAUUAUUAUUAUUAUUGUUGUUAUAAAAAAAACCCGAAAGAAAAGAACAGCUCCAGGGUGUGGAAGAGGUGUGUUUGCUCACAAAAGACGUCUGAUGUUCUCCCACCACCUUCUUUUUUUUUUUUGAAAGAGCUGCAAGCAAUGGACUGAAAUCCAGCUACCCAUUUGAAUUUUGUGAGACAAAAAAAAGAAAGAAAAAAAAAACGAAAAAGAAAAGAAGAAGCCCAAAGAUGGACGAAUUCUUCUAUCAGUAUUGUGAAUAAUAACUUGGAGAAAGUCAACAGAGCUCCAUGUCAUCACUUCAAACUCUCUUCUCUCUCCAAGCGACCAACUUGAACUUUUUCUUUUGAAUUUCAACACGAUUCACGGUUAUAUAAGGGAAUCAGUGUUCAUGUAUGUAUAUAUUUAUUUAUGUGUAAUUUAAUGGGAAUUGUAAAUAUGGUGCGUCUGUUGAACCCUUUUUUUUUUUUUAUUUAUCUGGUGCCUCCUGUUUUAGUGGGUUUUAAUAUUCGGUUAGUUCUUCAUGUGAUUUAAUGGUUCUUAGGAGAAAAAAAAACAGAAGUUUGGGGUCUUUUUUUAUUUUAUUUCUCUGGGAUAUUUCAAUUCAGCCCUCUUGUAGCAUGUUGAGGCGACAUUGAAGCAAGUGAACAAAUUGAAUAGAAAUAAACUUCCACUUCUCUCUCUCUAUCUAUAUAUAUAUCAUCCUUAUUCCGUUUAUUUGCUCAUUUCACACCCAGGAGAACGUGUUGUUUUUUUGGUUUCUAUUUUUUAUACAAGAUUUUAAUGUGUCGUGCCAAUCAGAAAUCACCUCCUGUUCCUCCUUGAAGCGCCAUAAAAGCAAUAAAUUGAUUUUUUUGUUUUUCUAAAAAAAAAAAAGAGUUCCAAACACUUUAUUGGGAUACACCUAAUCUUGUUCUGUCCGAUCAUGUCCAAAAAUUGGAGGCGAUUUUAGCUGUUAUUGUAUAGACACGUGCUGGCAAUAGUUCCCAAUGCCUGAUGUAUUAUAUUCCUUUGUUGCCCAGAAAAAAUAAAUAUUUGAUACGCUU